GCACGGUCCGUCGGCUGACGUGCUUUAGUUAACCAUUAGCCCCUAGCCCGAGACUGCCUCUAUUUGUUUAUGGAACACCGAAUGGCUUUGGUUAAAUCGCAAAAAUUAAUUACCAACUAAAUCGAUACGCGUGGCGCGCACCUUGAAGCGGUAGAGGGAAUCUAAUUCAUCCAUUAAAUUUUAAUUAUUUUUUAUAUAAGUCGACCAACUUCUCUGGUGUCUCGUGGAGCCAGGUGGCAUUUGGUUUAAUGCGGGCCUCUCACGUUCUGCCAACAGCCGGGGCACAUGUGCGGGUUACACUUUAGGACGCGUAACAGUCCGUCUCAGAAGACGUCCCUCCGCUGGGGCGACUGCUGCCUGGCCUAAAACUAGUGUGUAUAGUGUUCCUCCUGGAUCAGGAUCUCCAAGAUCCCGCGGUUAGAGCCACUACUUCAUCCGUUCGACCACGAAAUGUUGCAUAAGUCGAGGCGCAUUUGAUUGGCGCGCUUCUUCGAUUGCCGUCGCAACGCAUCCGCUUGAACUUGGCGCACAUUAUUCCCAAGAGCCGAGCUAAAGGUCAAACCCGUUUCCAAAGAGUAUUAAUUUACACAAGCCAAGCGCGUGUGAAGCGUUGAGGUUGCUGAAAGUAUAUCCUAGAAGUCAAGGACUUUUCUGAAUCGCAGCCAUGAUCAAUAUAGCCGGCGUGGUGAGCAUCGUGCUCUUCUACCUGCUCAUCCUGGUGGUGGGCAUCUGGGCCGGUCGCAAGAAGCAAUCCGGCAAUGACUCCGAGGAGGAGGUGAUGCUGGCCGGCCGCUCCAUAGGUCUCUUCGUGGGCAUCUUUACCAUGACAGCCACCUGGGUGGGUGGCGGCUAUAUCAACGGCACGGCGGAGGCUAUCUACACUUCGGGCCUGGUGUGGUGUCAGGCUCCUUUUGGUUAUGCCUUGAGUUUGGUGUUUGGUGGCAUCUUCUUUGCCAAUCCCAUGCGCAAACAGGGCUACAUUACUAUGUUGGAUCCUCUGCAGGAUUCCUUUGGUGAGCGCAUGGGUGGUCUCCUGUUCCUGCCCGCUCUCUGCGGCGAGGUCUUCUGGGCCGCCGGCAUCCUGGCUGCCUUGGGAGCCACAUUAUCCGUGAUCAUCGACAUGGACCACCGAACUUCUGUUAUUCUCUCCUCGUGCAUUGCCAUCUUCUACACGCUCUUUGGAGGAUUGUACUCCGUGGCGUAUACGGACGUGAUCCAGCUUUUCUGCAUCUUCAUUGGUCUGUGGAUGUGUAUUCCCUUUGCCUGGAGCAACGAGCAUGUGGGCAGUCUGAGUGACCUGCAGGUGGACUGGAUAGGGCAUGUGGAGCCUAAAAAACACUGGCUUUAUAUAGACUACGGGUUGUUGCUUGUCUUUGGAGGUAUUCCUUGGCAGGUCUACUUCCAGAGAGUGCUCUCCAGCAAGACAGCGGGACGGGCACAGCUGCUGUCCUAUGUGGCUGCAGCCGGAUGCAUCCUGAUGGCCAUUCCACCAGUGCUCAUUGGAGCCAUUGCCAAGGCCACACCUUGGAACGAAACGGACUACAAGGGACCCUAUCCCCUGACCGUGGACGAGACCAGCAUGAUUCUGCCCAUGGUCUUGCAGUACCUGACGCCCGACUUUGUGUCCUUCUUUGGUUUGGGCGCCGUCUCCGCCGCCGUGAUGUCCUCCGCCGACUCCUCGGUGCUCUCAGCAGCCUCCAUGUUCGCCCGGAACGUGUACAAAUUGAUUUUCCGUCAGAAGGCGUCCGAGAUGGAAAUCAUUUGGGUGAUGCGCGUAGCCAUCAUAGUGGUGGGCAUCCUGGCCACCAUUAUGGCCCUCACCAUUCCCUCCAUCUACGGAUUGUGGUCCAUGUGCUCCGACCUAGUCUAUGUAAUCCUGUUCCCACAGCUGCUGAUGGUGGUGCAUUUCAAGAAGCACUGCAACACGUAUGGCAGCCUGGCGGCGUAUAUAAUGGCCUUGGCCAUUCGACUGUCGGGUGGUGAAGCAAUCCUGGGCCUGGCGCCACUCAUCAAGUAUCCUGGCUACGAUGAGGAAACGCACGAGCAGAUGUUCCCCUUCCGUACCAUGGCCAUGUUGGUCAGCCUGAUCACCCUGAUCUCAGUGUCCUGGUGGACUAAAAUGAUGUUCGAGUCCGGCAAGCUGCCGCCCAGCUACGACUACUUCCGCUGCGUGGUCAACAUUCCAGAAGACAUUCAGCGCGUGGGCGAUCCCUCGGAGUCGGGCGAGCAGCUUUCAGUGAUGGCUGGACCCCUGGCCAGAUCCUAUGGCGCUGCCACCAUGGCCGGCAAGGAUGAGCGCAAUGGACGUAUUAAUCCCGCCCUGGAAUCCGACGACGAUCUGCCCGUGGCAGAAGCACGUCGCUUGAACCAACAGACUGCGCAGGCCCAGGUAAAAAAGAUGCUGGACACGGCCACCGGUGUGAAGCCGGCCGGCGGAGGCGGUGGCCAGUCUGGCAUGGCCAUGCCCACGCCGGAGCAGGAUAACACGGCCUUCUGAGUAGAGUAGGCGCCCGGCGGAGCGAAAAUCCCGGAGGGUCUCGCCAGCCGAGCCCGAAAGUAGGCUGCAGUCGAACCACAGAAUUAUACGAUUUUAAGUUGCGCUUGUUACGGGGGAUUUGAGACAGGGUCGGGAGAGUCAGGAGGAUCAGGAGGGUCAGUAAAGUCAGGAUGGAGUACAGAAAGUAUUAGGACACGUACGUUAAACUCACAAGUGCUCAGGUAUAAAGUGCAGAAAGCUGAUCGUAAGGUUUACAUUAUCAUUUAGCCAACUUAUAUAGUGUAUAGUUUUCACAGAAGCUUAAAGCGUUCCAUCGUUCUUGAUUUUGCUGUUGAAGUCGUGAGUUUUUGGUGUAAAUGUUCAAAAGAUAUCGAAAUACAUAUCAAAUGCAUUUUCCUCCGCCCGAAAGUUGCAUUAAAAACGUAUUAAUCCAGAGAGGGGAGUUCAUAAGCCGCCAAGGAGGCUAGGAAAUAAGGGUACAGUGUCAUAAUGUCCAGUGUCAUAGUGUCAUAAUAUAACUUACAAGAUUAUUAAGUCGAGAAAAGUUUAAGAGAGCUACCAAAAUUAAGAGUAACCUUUUAAUAUUUUUAGUUCUUUAACCACUUUAAAAGUUUCUAAAAAUUAAUGUGUAUACUGGGCUUUAUGACACUCACUCAAAAUAUAUAUAAUAUUAUUGUAUGAAAGACGAGAGCAUUUGUGUGCCACAGAUGAGGCAGCCCCACAUAAGCAUUCCUGGCAUUAUCGGUAUCGGUCAUAUAUACUAUAUAGAUGCAUAUAAUGUGAAUCAUGUGUCCUUCCAGAAUGAACAAAGCUAAGCAAGAAACACAAGUGAAAUAAAGUGAAAUAAAGGAUAAACUAAAUGCAAAACUAAAGCAAACGAAACAUAUCAAAACGAGAUACAUAUCAGUCGUGUGUAAGCUAUAUAGGAGAAUCGAGAUAUAUACACAUACAUCCACUAUAUAAACCCAAUAAACGAGCAGCAUGUACAUGAGAGAACAUAGUUGUUUAAGCGAAGAAAUCGAGGCAUAUCAAGUUAUAUAGGAAUGAAUUUUAGCUGCUCUCAAAGAGCAAAGUCACACGGAAUAUAAAGGAGAAGGAAUGGAAAUUAUAUAUGUAACAUGUUGCGUCGUAGUACCUAAAAACUAUAAAUAUAUAUAUAUACAUAUAUACAAAAUCAUAUACACCCGCAUAUACAUAUAUAUACAUGUAUCUAGAGCCAGCCACAGAAUUUAGAGUGUUAUACCCAGGACAAACACCGCCCCCCCAUUGAUCCAAAACAACCUGCAUAUUGGCUAGGAGAAUAUCUAUUCUAUAUACACACACGCUGCCUGAACCCCAAACCUCAACUGGAAGCUGAAGAGAUUCGGAAGAAUUAUAACUAAAAUAACUAAAUUGAAAUUAAUUGAGACGUGUGUUGUUGGUUCCUCUUUUUUUGUAAUGUUCACUCGGCUCGUUUGUUAAAGUUUAAACUAAAAAUCUAUCUAAAGGCAACUCAAGUAACUAAUGUGCGUAACAAGCUGGAUGUUAAGCCCUAGAAACUACAACAAACUCACUUAAUUGUAAUGAAUGUUGACUGCUUUUUGAUUGAGCCUCGUCUGUUUGUUGUAUUUGGGGUAAAGUUUUAUAACCUUUACAUAAGCGAGACUACUAACUAAACUUACUGAAGUGUUUUGAGUCCAUCUAGGACAUCCAUCUACGCAUAUAUAUCUGUUCGUUGUUAUUGUUAUUGUCUCUUGCAUCAGAUCUGAGUGUGUACAUUUCGAUAGAGUUCAAAUUUGACUAAAUUUCCAAAUAACUUGAGAUAAUUAAGUGCGUUUCUUUGUGCAGAUGUUAACCAGAUUUGUAAAUAAGCAAAAAUUACUCGUUUGUAAUGUUACUAUCAACUAUCAACCAAAACCACCAAAUAAUUUAUGCAUUCAAAACGAAAUAAUUCUGUUUUGCAAUUAGUUAAAAGAGUACGUACCUAUGUUAUUGUUAACUAAACUUGGUCUAUCCAUUCCAAGUACUUUUAGUGGAAUUAUGUUAACCAAAAGUAAAGAAUAAAUGAAAAAUGAAAACAUGAAUAGGAAAAAUGGUUACGAUAUACACGAUGUAUUAUGAUCAGAUUAAACCAAACCGAAUACAUAUCAAUGUUUUAAGCCUAGCAAAAGGGAAACGAAAACAAGUAUUUAUUAAA